AUGUUACUGCACAAGGAUAUUACUCCUGAUUGGAUCACUUCCAAACUCAUCCCACCUUUAGCAACCGGGUGGCCUCAGUCUCCAAGUGGGACACCUGGCUCCGAGUUGACCUUCACCCUGAACCCCCCAGCCCCAGCCAAGCUGUCCCACCCUGUCUCAACCCCCCUCACUUCUUCUCCUCGUUCUUCUCUUUCUCCUCCCUUCUGGCCCCCACAGGCCCAUCUGGACACCCAGUCAGCCUUCUCCCUCAAUGAGGGGCAGGGGGAGGCUAAGGGGUCCCUGGACGUGGACCCUCAGCCUCUUCACAUUGCCUCACAGGGGUACUUAAGUGAGCUGGGACAACGAGCCUGCCAUGAUGUGUCAACUCUAACUGACCUUUGUUCAGAUCUGCCGGAGCUUGAGAUAGUGAGCCUCCUAUCAGAGGGUCAACCCAACUACACUCUUCGAGCAGACAGUGUGUUUGGAUAUGACAACGACGACUGGCUGCACACCCCUCUGGUGCCACCAGAGGUCGUACUGGGACUCACACAUGACCAGAUUGAGGAAACACUCAAAUACUUCUUGCUGUCCUCAGACAGAGUUGGCCAGGUCACCAAGACAUAUCAUGAUAUCAAGGCGGUCACCCACCUGCUGGAGGAGAAAGAGCGUGAUCUGGAAUUGGCAGCACGGAUUGGCCAGUCCCUCCUGAAGCAAAACCAAGAACUAACGGCACGUAAUGAAAUGCUGGAUGAACAGCUUGAAAUUGCAAAGGAGGAGAUUGCUCAACUGCGCCAUGAGCUCUCGAUGCGAGAUGACCUCCUUCAGUUCUAUGCGAGCACUGAGGAGAUUGAAAACGCUCAGUCGCAGUCACCAAUGAAAAGGAAUGAAUCAUCAAGUUCACUCACCAACUUCAUCCACUAUGACUUCCUACAGCAGAAACUGAAAGGUUUAGAGGAGGAGAACCGCAAGCUCAGAUUAGAGGCUACUGAGCUCUCAACGGAGACAUCAAUCUACGAGGAGCAAGAACAGGAGCUGAUGAUGGUGUGUGUGGAUGAGCUCUCAUCUGCCAAUAAGCAGGUGGUUGACUUGUCGGAAGAGCUAGCGCGGAAAGUAGAGGAUUGUCUCAGGCAGCAGGAGGAAAUCAGCUCGCUGCUUGCUCAGAUCGUUGACCUGCAGGCACGCUGCAAAGGGCUCACCCAUGAGAACGAGGAGUUAAACCACCAGCUGAAUGCCUCCCGUGAGAGCCAGCAAAAACUGAAAUCUGAGCUCAAGGACUUGCAGGACAAGUACUCAGAGUGUAAGGACAUGCUCCACGAAGCCCGAGAGGACAUUAAAAAUCUUCGAAACAAGAGCCUGCCAAAUAGCACCGUGCAGCGGUACACUUCAUUGGCCUCAGUCCUCCCCAUGGACUCACUGGCAGCAGAGAUUGAAGGCACUUUCCGCAAAGGCCUAGACACCCCAGCUCCCUCAGAGUACAAGAACCACCCCUGGCGUGUUUUUGAAACCGUGAAAGUGGUGAACAAGGCUGUAAGGCAGCGGUCUCAAUGCCACUCACCAGGUGUGCCAGGCUCCAGCCCGGUGUCCGCACCUUCCAGCUCUAACAGCACCCCUCGGACCAGCUACUAUGGCUCCGAUAAUGCCAGCCUGAACUUGGAAGACAAGCCGAGCUCCAAUCAUGCUCAGAAGGAAGACAGCAGCGUUAGUGGGCCAAAACGUUUAGGUCAACCAGGCACACCAGGAGGCCAGGAUCUCGAAACUGCCUUGUGCAGACUCUCAGUCCGCCAGCAGAACCACUCUUCUGACCGACCUUUCUUCGAUGUGGAACGCGAACGUAAACUCCGUGCCUUGGCAGCAGACAGUGAGGAAGGCGAGGGCUCUAGUGGCUUCCUGACGCCAAAUUACAGCCUGGCCUCCAGCCCAGCUGCUUCAACAGGCACCAACUACUCCAACGGUAGCUCCCGACACUCCUGUGGCUCCUCGGGAGGAUCCAGGUCCUACCUACCUGACCGUCUGCAGAUUGUCAAACCUCUGGAAGGCUCAGUGACUCUGCACCAGUGGCAGCAGCUGGCCAAACCAAACCUGGGAGGUAUCCUGCAUCCACGCCCGGGAGUCCUAACUAAAGACUUCAGGGAGCUCGAAGUUGACAUACAGCACGUCUACAGCUUGAACGACCUGGAGGAGGAUGAGCCAGACCUGUCACACCUCUCUGGAGCUCACGGCAUGGUCUCUUCAUCGGGUCCCAACCUCCCUCAGACCCCUCCCACACAUCCCAUCACCACCUGCCAAGUCCUCCAACCCUCCCUAAUCAUCCCCUCCUUCUCCACUAGCCUUCACUCUUUCGGCCUGCCACCUUCUCGGGACCGUGAGCACGUGAGCACUUCACCAGCCUUGCAGCAGGACUUUGGCCAGGGAGGCCAGACAGCCACCACAGAGCUUAGCACUUCAUCACUGGGACUCCUGCAACUGCUGCAAGAGCGCGGCAUCUCAGCUUCCCGUCAUCCCCACCACAACCUGCACUACAGCCGCACUGGAAAACCUUCAUUUUCUACAGUAUCAGACAAAAGAGGAGACUUUUUCUCACACAAAGAAGGACGAAGGAACAUUUUUAGCUGGAACUUGGUGGAGAAGCUUCAGAGUCUUGGGUUGCACAGAGUGGCAGCCUGGGGGAUGAGGGGCCCCAGUGACAAAGACAGGGAAGCAGUCAGACCUCCUCCGAAAGUGUGAUGCAUUCACCUCCACACUCCUCUCUCAUUCACCAUAGUGACUUUGCAUAAAGCCAUGCGAUUCCUACUGUGCACUUCAGUGCCCACCACAGCACCCGUGUCUUGAAAAGAAAAGCCACAGAAUGUGUUAGAGCCAUACUUUCAGUUAUUGGUAGUGUGCAGUACAAUGUUUUUCUAUGAACUUGUGCACGGUAAAUUAUUCUUUACAUGUGGGACAUUUUCAUCUCAGGAAAACCACCUGAUCACUGCUGUGUUGUUUGAUUCACACUUUGCUUCUUUUUACGCAAAAAGGAAAAUGAUGAAGAAAAGAAAUAUUUUAUACUUUUGUGUUUUGACGUUCCUUUUACAAUUUGCCCCACCCGCAAUCACUGGUUUUAAAGAAACCUCCUCACUCGUCAUUUUAUUAGUUUCCAAAGAGAAACAUGAGCUAUGUGUAAAUAAUAACUGUCAUUUAGGGAAAUGAAAAAAGACAAUGUGCUGUAAAUUACUGAGAGUAGAGAAACCACAAACAAACCAAUGCUGUCCCUGAAAAUGCACUAAAACGCAGUCUGGUCUUCCUGCUUAUUUGCUGCUAUGUUGACAAAAGCAUAUAGUAUAUAAGUUUGUCAAACUAUUCUUAGAAAGAAGCACUGAGAAGAAGCCUGACGAUCCAGUGACUGAACUGAGUAAUGUUAAUAAUAUUAAGCAGUCUGCCUUGCAGUCCAUUACUUGCUCUCACAUGCACACUUCCAUUUCACCUCUAAGCUGUUUAAAGUUACGCCUUUAUGGACUUUAUUCUGAGCCAAACCUCACCACAACCAAAUCGGAUUUGCAUGCUGUAUGGAAGACGGUGAAGCAACAUGUUGACUCCAGUGACUCAAAGUUUUGUUUGUAUAAAUCUGCUGUAUAAAUCAUGUCAUCGGGAAUUUUUAAACCACUGGGAUUUAAAUUUAACCGAAAUCACGCUGGGCAUUUCAGAGUGAUAUCUGUGACAGUAGGCGCAAUAAGUAAUAUGUAAUAAGUACAAGAGUUAUCAUGAUAAUUUAAACAGCAUCACCCUGGUUGAUCAAUCAGCUCUGGCGAAAAAGCCACAGGAUAAUGUGGAUUUAAAAGGGAAGAAUUCAUAAACAGAGAUUUGUGUUUCUACUUAAAUUAACCAAACGACUGUUUCUGUGCGCUGUUGUUUGCUGUAACUCUACAUGUCAGUGUGUGCGUGAACUGUACCACCUGUGAAUAAAUGUUUUCAUUUCCACCAA